CCGCGGUACAUUUUGGAUCUGCACGUGUUGCAAAAUGGCGGCUGUGUUUAUUCGAAUCGGCCGUGGAGAUGCACUUCGAGCCACGUUUAAUCGAAGCUUUCGUAACUUCAGCGUUGGUAUCAAGGAUUUUACCAGCAAUGAAAAGAGUGAUAGCGAAAAGGAAACCGUGGGUUUUAUUGGCCUCGGGAAUAUGGGUUCUUUCAUGGCACAGAACCUGAUCAAAACGGGGCAUAACGUGAUCGUAAACGAUCUUUAUCCAGAAGCUAUGGCCACUUUGAAGGAGCUUGGAGCGCAAACUGUUCUUACCCCAGCUGAGGUUGCCAAGAUGACCAAGAAAAUAAUAACGAUGUUACCAUCGAGCCCUGACGUUAAGGAUGUUUACACUGGCGAUGAUGGAAUUUUAAGUGCCGUUCAAGAAGGGACAGUUAUGGUUGACAGUAGUACAAUUGAUCCUUCAGUUGCCAAAGAGGUCGCAAAAAUUAGUGCUGAGAAGGGUGCCGUAUACAUGGACGCACCGGUCUCUGGAGGCGUGAUAGCUGCCAGGGAUGCGACGCUGACUUUCAUGGUUGGUGGUGAAGAGGAAAGCUUCGUUGUUGCUGAGUCAAUCUUGAAGUUCAUGGGAAAGAAUGUUGUCCACUGCGGAGCAGUUGGUACAGGCCAGGCUGCCAAGAUUUGUAACAAUAUGCUUUUAGGUAUUUCAAUGAUUGGCACAGCCGAAACAAUGAAUCUUGGUACCAGACUGGGACUCGAUAGCAAGAUGCUUGCUAAGAUUCUCAACAUGAGCACCGGACGAUGCUGGAGCAGCGAUACUUAUAAUCCGUACCCGGGUGUCAUUGAAGGUGUUCCAUCCGGCAAUAACUAUCAAGGUGGAUUUGGGACACAGCUGAUGGCUAAGGACCUUGGUCUUGCUCAGAAUGCCUCCACAGCUACGAAAUCAGCUACGCCUCUUGGAUCGUUGGCACAUCAAAUUUAUCGAGUUAUGUGCAACAGAGGCUAUGCAAAACUUGACUUUUCAUCUGUUUUCAAAUUCUUAAGAGAGGAUAAAUGAAUUUUCUUUAAUAUCUAAUGAAUAAUGGCUGUGAAUGAUUUGUUAAAGCGUACAGAUGGGUUACAUGUUUUGCUAACUGCAAACAUGAGUCAACCAAUACCGAUCUGGUAUAACGUAGACAUCUUGUCGUUAACCAAAUCUGUUUAUCUUACAGAUACCCUGAAAGGUAUCGUGUUUUUCAAGUCCAUGUUUAUCGCUAGUAUUCAAUAAUUACGGCUCUUAUCGCAUACUUGUUUGCAGUAUUAUUGCGUAUUUAUAACUUUAGUUAAUAAUAGAUCAUCUCGGAGUUAAUGGAGCAAUAACUCAAAUGGGGCAAAUAAAAACAAUGGCGGCCUUUUUCAUAGCAACGAUAUUUAGACUUUUCUAAAGAAGUUUUACGACCAAAAUAUGAAAAAACAGAACUUGUUGCUGACUUGCCUCAAACAAUAGAAUCCCGUCAAGGCGUUACGAACUCCGAAAUGUUCUAAACCAUUGAAACAAGCAUAACUUUCUUUCAAUUAUCCAUAGUCAGCUAUUUAACGAAAUGUCAAGCUGUAUUUUUGUAGGAAAUCUUGCAUUCCUAAAUUUGUCACUCAUUUUGAAUU